CAGACUUUAGAGAAAACACAACAACCGGACAAAAAGGAGGAAUCAAGUAUUUCCGAUUCAGUCAGAUUAAAAAGCGACGAAUCCAACCCGUCAGCGGAAGAGAGCAAUCCUAAAUCUUUAGAAAAUACAACAGAAUCUUCAGGGACUAAUAAUGGCGCCCGGAGACCAGCCAAGACCAAGGGAGGGCGAGCCUCUAUGUGAGGGUGAUACCAAGGUCGUCUACGAUAUAUUACCACACCCAGUAUCUGAAUACAUCUUCGAGAGGGUAAGAGACGAGGUGCAAUGGCAGCGCAUGUCUCACCAAGGCGGCGAGGUGCCAAGACUCGUCGCCGUCCAAGGACAAGUGGACGAGGAUGGCAGCAUGCCUAUUUACCGUCACCCGUCAGACGAGUCGCCUCCGUUGCUACCAUUCUCUCCUGCAGUGCUUGAGAUUAAAAAAGUAGUCGAAAAACAAUUGGGACAUCCUCUAAACCACGUCCUUAUACAAUUUUACCGUGACGGUAACGACUAUAUCUCAGAGCAUAGCGAUAAAACGCUGGAUAUUUCCAAGGGCAGCUUUAUCGCUAAUGUUAGCCUGGGUGCUGAACGAACCAUGACGCUACGGACAAAGCGACAACCGAGAAAUAAGGAUUCGGUAGAUGCGGAGCCUUUGCCCACGAUAAAACGUCAAGUCCAACGAGCAUGUCUACCUCACAAUUCGCUUUUUCAGAUGGGAUUGCAGACAAAUAUGCGAUGGCUCCACGGCAUUCGACAAGACAAGAGGAUCAACCGCGAAAAAUCAGACGCGGAGCUGGCCUACGACGGUGGCCGCAUCUCGUUGACGUUCAGAAGGAUAGGGACCUUCCUGGACCGUGACAACAAGCUGAUAUGGGGGCAAGGGGCUACAUCAAAGACGAGGGAGGGCGCGAAAAAUGUGAUCAAUGGACAAACGCCUGAGGCUAUUAAAAUGCUGCAAAGUUUCGGUCGGGAAAAUCAGUUGACAGAAUUCGACUGGGAGGAAUAUUAUGGCAUAGGAUUUGACGUUUUGCACAUCUCCACCGCACCUCGACUAUUCCUAUCACCGGAUCCAGUCGUUAAUAUGCGUAUCCAACUGAUGCUAGCCGAGUACGGAGUUAGCUACGCGAGAGGUAGCAUGUCGCCGCUCUUUAAGUGGAAGGAUAGCAGGCCUACUAAUGACCCCUUCGCCAUCCCUAAGGACCUCCCUAUCAAGUUUGUCGAUAAUGACUUUCUAAAGACAACUGUCGAGGGCGAGACCUCAAUCAUGCUGUACCUCGAUCGCUUUUACGGUCCCAAAGCCGGAAGUAACCCGUCCAGGGAUUUUGUGAAAGAGGGCACUCGCUUUCAGCAAGGGAUUGCCUUGUUAAAAAAGAACGAAAAGCUGAAGGCCGAAUUGGGUACAUGGGAGGAUUACGCAGCGGAAGGCAACGAUUUCAUCGCAGGACCUACUAUGACCCUGGCCGACUUUGCAUUUUUCCCUGUCCUUCACGAUAUAAUUAGGGUUCAAGGCCAAGAUCUGUUUGGACAUGAUGGAGCUGGGUUUGAGAAUUUGAAAAAGUACUACGAGCGUCUCGAGGCACGGGAUUCAAUCAAAAAAGUAAUAGCCGUGUGUACGACCUGUUCGUCGCAGAAAUCCACCAGUACUCCCGACGCCACUAUAUCGACAUAGGCUUCCGUCCCUGGUCUUGCUAAGUAGAUCGCGACGCCGCUGCAGAAUUGAAGAACCGGGAUGGAUAGACAUUUUGGAUAAUACUUAUAAGCCUCUACAUGCCUAUCAAAGGAGAAGCGUUCACAUUUAGCGUAGCAUCGUAUGGGCGCAUGGAUGGCUUGCCUUCUGGCUUCUUCUGCGGCGAGGAUAAGAUGGGAUAGUAUGGACAGGUAAAUCUACCAAGAAGACUUACCGAGAUGUAAAAUGAUACACUAAUCUAACGAGCCAUGUAUUGUCGUGAACUCGUUCGCACUAGAUGUUAGAAUAAGAUACCUAUGAAUAUCACUUGUAUAUAUAUAUUUAAAAUAUUACUUUGAUUCAA